GAUGCAACAGUCUUAAAUACACGAAGACGCACUUGGCUGCUAGCCUGCUACUUUACAAGAGAGGUUUGAGUGUCUUUGCUACUACUGAUGCUGAUAACUGGAGGAAACAAAAGACUCAACAUGGCAACGCCGGUGUCUGUGCUCCGCCUGCCAAAAGGACCCGACCCCAACAGCCGCGGAUUUGACCCCAAAUCACCCCGUUUUAUCGCUCUCUGUCGUACCUCCAUUCCCACUUCUGCUGUGUCCGAGGCAGAUGUUGAGCAGCUGCCGAAAGAGCAGCAUGCGCGAUCUGUGCUGAGAGAGAGUUUCCUCCGAUGUCUACUCUCAGUGACCAACAAGAAGGUUCAGUUUCACAUGUAUGAGAGGGUGAAGGUGGAGGCCACGUUUGGAGCGUCUGAUAUCGACGUGAUGAACUUUCAGGUGUCGGAUCUGCACACUCCCAUCGGAGUGCAAAAAGAGGCACUGAUCAGAUGUCAGGAUGUGAUUUCAUUCAGUUUUGAUGCAUGAACACUUGAGGCCUUUGUUUCCUGUUUAAUCAGAAUAUGCUCUUUGGGAUGAGAGGUACUCUGGUGUCUCAUUUGUUGUUGCCAGUGGGCUCUGUUUUCACACUGUGAUAUAGUUUAUAAAAUUGGUUAUAUUUUUGUAGGUGUUUCAAUCUUGUAUUGUUCAGGCGAUCGUACUUGCUUUCAGAUAUCCAACACUGACAGGCAGUCCCACUUUUUCAGCACAAGAGGGAGCCAUAUGCUUGUGUUUCAAGAGAGAUGCGACUGGUUGCACUAAGAUUAGGUGAUAUCAGAUUUUUGGCAAAGCACUGACCAAAAUUUUGAUUGAAUGAUAAUGUUUGCGAAUGACUACUAGUGUUUUCACAAUAGUUACUCACAUCCGGGAAGCAACUGUUUGUAAUCUAUAUGAAGACUUAGCAGGUAGAGACAUUCACUGUUUAUUUAUUUCAGCUACAGCCUAAUAGGUCCAGAAAGUUGUAGAAUUAAUGGUCAUACAGCCUUUUUAAGACCAUUAAAUUUAAACCAUCACAAUCAUGUCUGCUAUUUCUGCUCUAUACAUGUCUUGGAGACUUUCUGUAGAUGGUCAGCCAUGCUGUCUUCCUUUUGUGAUAUGAAUUGUCAUUUAAUUCAAAGCAAAUGAAACAUUGCACUUUAAAACUUUUGUAUCUGAAUGGCCAUUUUGUGUUCUAUUUGGAGAAAUUAUCAAGACAAAAAAUAAAAUUGUUGUCUGACAAA